AUGCCUGAAAGUGGGAUUGAUAUGCUUCCAUUUGACCAGUUUUAUGAAGACGUUUACAUAGAGGCAUGCAAAUUCGGCCCACUACGUUCAAUGAUCGUGUGUGAAAACGCCAAUCAUCUCAAAGGGAAUGUGUAUUUGUACUACGAAAGGGAGCAAGAUGCGCAACGUGCCAAAGAUAACUUCAAUACCCGAUGGUAUGACGAGAGACCCAUGUAUAGUGAUUUGACACAUAUUGAGGACUUUCGCGAGGCCAUAUGCAGAAAACAUGAUAUGAAGGCGUGUGAAAGAGGAAACGAAUGCAAUUUCAUGCACGUCAAGAGACCUUCAAGUAGGAUUAAAAUGGAUUUAGAGAAAGCUCAAGCUAAGAAAUGGCAAUCAAUGGCUUGUUGA